UAGGAUAAUUAUGUAUCCCAUAGGUAAUGGCUGUAGCUCGGUGAGAUGUAUAAAUUAUGUGCAGCGAAAUCAAACGGUAUAUAAAAUCUUCAACAGGUAAAACAGCAAACAGAUUGAUUCAGAGGAACAUCAUGAAAACUUCGAACAAAAAUGAGCGCCGAUGUAUGAUGACCAAUUAAGGAGAUAUUUUGCUGAAAUUUAAUAUAAAAUAACAGCUUUUUGAAAUAAGUGACAUUUAAAUAACUGAAUGAUAAAUUGAAUAAAACAAUAAAAACAAGAUAAUCGCAGAUAAUUUGAAUUAUCUAUAACUUGAUUGACAUGGCGGACAACGACUUCAAUCAGACCAUGGCGUUGUUGACGUCUGUCUACGCAGGAAACUACGCGUUUUACUCUAACGCCGCCGCCACUGCUGCAGCCGCCGCAGCGAGAGGAACGAACGGAGGGUUCCUUCCACCACUACCCAACAACAUGCCAUUUCUUAGCCCUUCAACGACAGAAUCCGUUAGUCCCGGGAACUCUCCAGGGGCGCACAAUCUCACAAAAUCACAAUCAAAUGGACAUUCUGCAAAUACGAAUUUCUCAAUCGACGGUAUACUUGGUAAGCCCGAUCCGAGAUUUGGGUUGGGGUCACCUUCGUUAUUUUCUCUUGACAAAGACUUAUUAGAUAAACAUUUAGGAAAGGCUUACGAGGGCUUCAUUCCUGACGAAACUGAUUUAAACUCAAGGUUUUCCUGGUUACAGUGCACACGUUACAAACCCCCUAAACUACCUAGAGUGAAAAGAAAGGACGCGAUAAAGAAGCGAAAGUUAGGACGUAACCCUCGUGUUCCGUUCACACAGCACCAAGUGACGACGCUCGAGGCGAAGUUCCGGAGGACGCACUACCUUAGCAGCGUCGAUGUAGCCGAGCUCUCCGCCGCCCUAAAUCUCACAGAAACACGGGUGAAAAUCUGGUUCCAAAAUCGACGAGCACGAGAAAGGAGAGAUCGUGAAACGAGCCCUAUGGCGGCCGUUGCUUCACCUUCAGCAACAUCUACUUCGAUGGCAACAAGUAGCCCUUCUUCUACGCAGCAACAGCGCAUUAAUUCAACAACAAGCACAGCAUCUAGUUCAUGGCCAGCCCCAGCACCACCAAACCCAUCCGCGGUUGCACAAUUUUCACAUGCCUUACAACAAGGCGUUUCGGCGUUUACCCCAGUAUCAUUUGGAGGCUUUUGAGCUAAUUUUGACAUUUCAAAUAAUUCGAAAAAUAGCUAUAACUUUUGCAAAGCAUCUUUAAGUUUCCGACACGGUCUGCAUAAUUCAAUCAGGUGAUUCAGUAUAGCCUGCUAUGACAAUGAAUCAUUGGUCCAUGCACAGUACUAAAAAUGUUCACGGUGUGUAAUUCCAAAAUAUAGGAGAAAGUACAACAUAGCCUUUACAGAAAACCUAGUACAGUAAAGUUCAACACAAUCUGUAAAUUAUGAAAAAAUGUGUAUUGUGAAAAUCAUGAAACAUGAUAUUGACAAUACAAGUAUUAUUAAGCAUGAAAAGCUUUGUAAAUAAUUAUAAAUUAUAUUUUACUGAUAUAUUUGUAAAUUGAUGUCUUGUAUAUAUAAAUAUUCAAAGAACAAAUAUAAUAUCAAAGUAUGACUCAACCGAAGUUCUAUAUUUUUGUUUGAUUAUUUAUUGAAAGUAGCACCAUUGGGUCAUAUUAUACAUGCGAGGAGAAUGGCCAAGCAUGAGAGCCAAUGAGUGUGGAGAUACUGGUUUGAUUUUAUAUCUUUUGGCCUUAAUCCAUUUGAAUAUUCCGGUUAAGGCACUCUCUGUUAUUAUACAAGGGCUGAUCCAUAUAUUCUGAUAAAAA